AUGGCGGAACAAAUCAUAGAGAAGUUAAAGAGAUUGGAUGAGCAAGUUGUGCUACUAUUGGCCAGAAGAGCAAAGGAAAGCAAUCAGAAUCUAGCAUGUAAGAAGACUUUGGUUACACCUUUGACAUUUGAUUUUGACACGGAAUAUGAAGAGACUAUUACUACAUCUAAACCUAAGACGGUCUCAAGAGUCACCAAAGAGAAGCCAAAUGUCAUUAAGAGACAAAAAAGGACUCUCUCUUCCAGAACAAAGCCUGAAUCUAGAAAGAACAAUUUUGAAACGUUAAGUUUAAGAACACGCUUAGUGGCAUCAAAUAUUAAGAAACCAGAAAGAAAUCCAGAAGCUCAACCUAAAAAAAUAACAGGUGAAACGCCUGAUUUGAAUGAUGAUUCAGAAGAUUCCUUAAACGAAAGGAGUACACUUCUUCCCCAGAUGAUCGAUCUCAGUACCAAGGAAAAUGAAUCUAUUCCAAAUGAUCAAAUAUGUAGGUGUACAGCAAGAGAGAAAACCCCGCUGACUUUGAGCAUGGAAAAUGAGCUGCAAAAGCUUAAUUGCAAGAUAAUCUCCGUGGGUUCAGCCAAGUCAGAAAGCAUUGUGGAGCAGCAUGCAUCAAAACCCAUAAUUUAUCACGACAUUGAAUUUGUAAAAGAAUUGAUUUUGACCCAAAAUGGGCAAUUUUCCCAACCUCUGGGAAGUAGAAAUAUUUACCCAUGCAAAAGAGUAAAUGUUGCUUUAGGGAGACAUCAUGAAAUUUCUGAACCUUUUGUUAAGGAUCAAUCUGUUACUCCUAUUUCCAAAAAAACUAGACCUACAACAUGGAAAAAUGAUAGAGACCGAGAAUCUCUGGACAUGAGCAGUAUGACUAUAGUGGACAAACAAAGCCAGGCACUUAGUGAUGAGACACCAGAAAAAGUAUUUCAGGAAAAAAUGCACAAUUUCUCCCAAAGUCUUUUUGACUUAAACAAAAAAUAUGUGGGUUCCCACUAUCAAACCAUUCUUCUAGCAACUAGUGCUAAAACUGGCAAAUUUGAAAGAAUGUUUUCUGCAGAGAAACUAGUAAGAAUGCACAAAUUCAGUGCACCACCUACUCCAUAUUACUCUAAUCCAAUAAAGAGAACACUGCAAGUACAUUUUGUAAGUACUAUAACGCCAUUGGAUGACUUGUUGACAUCCUCUUGCCCGUUCCCUUGUGGUUAUUCCAAAGUCUCCCAGUUGGCUCAAAUUCAUGACUGCACCCUGCCCACCAGUCCUGAGAAUAGAGUAAAAGCAAAACCAGUCACUGCUGAAUCUUCCGUCUGUUACAAGGGUGACUGUGAACUCGAGGGGGGUGGAAGAAUACCCAAUCCUGGAGUGAGCGCCAAAGAACUCUCAAUAUUUUUUGAAGGCGGUAGUUAUCUAGAGAAUACGGCCGCGCAGUCCUCCACCCGGCCCGCACCCCGCAAUCCAGAGCCAUCGCCGCCGCCCGGGCCCCAGACGCCCUCAAACACCCCCCGACACCCCAGCUCGGCCCUGCCCCUGCCUUCCCUCGGUUGCACAAUGGCGGGGCAAAGUCUCCCGAGGGUGGGAAUUGCGGCCUUUGGGCGGGGACGCGCGGCGACCUAG